GCGGGCCGGAAGUUCCGCCUUUUUCUCUCCUUCUACCCGUGAGAUGAUAAACAAACGAUACGCGUGAGAAAGCGAAUAGAGGGCAGGGUCCGAGAGCGAAAAAAGGGACCGGCCGCCCCUCUUGCUGCCCCGCGCGCGCGGAUUGGAGCCAGCGCAUGCCCACCUCGUUGAAAAAGAUAAACCACCACAUCAACAACCUCGAACUACAUCCCACACCCCCUUUUUCUUCUUCUUCUUCAAGAGUCUCCUCGUCUCUCAUUACAAUCCUUUACCCGUUCUCAACUGGAAAAAGGAAGUACCAAAAUGGCCGCCGCUACCCAGCCCAAGGACCUCGUUAAGAAGCCGAAGGAUGCCAAGUCCUUCGCCAUCGACUUCAUGAUGGGAGGUGUCUCCGCCGCUGUCGCCAAGACCGCUGCCGCCCCUAUUGAGCGAAUCAAGCUCUUGGUCCAGAACCAGGACGAGAUGAUCAAGCAGGGUCGUCUCGCUACCCCUUACAAGGGUAUCUCGGACUGUUUCGCCAGGACCUACGCCGAUGAGGGUCUCGUCUCGCUCUGGCGAGGAAACACCGCCAACGUCAUCAGGUACUUCCCUACCCAGGCGUUGAACUUUGCCUUCAAGGACUACUUCAAGUCCAUGUUCAACUUCAAGAAGUCCGAGUCUUACGCCAAGUGGUUCGCCGGUAACAUCGCUUCCGGUGGAGCUGCCGGUGCCUCGUCCCUUCUCUUCGUCUACUCGCUCGACUACGCCCGAACCCGUCUCGCCAACGACAACAAGUCGGCCAAGAAGGGUGGUUCCAGGCAGUUCAACGGUCUCGUCUCGGUUUACAGGCAGACUCUCGCUACCGACGGUAUCGCCGGUCUCUACCGUGGAUUCGUUCCUUCCGUUGUUGGUAUCAUUGUCUACCGUGGAUUGUACUUCGGUCUUUACGACUCUUUGAAGCCCGCCGUCCUCCAGGGACCUUUGGAGGGAUCCUUCUUGGCCUCGUUCUUGCUCGGUUGGGGAGUUACCACCGGUGCCGGUCUCGCUUCUUACCCCUUGGACACCAUCAGGCGACGAAUGAUGAUGACCUCGGGAGGUACCGGUCCUCACUACAAGAGCAUGUUCGACGCUGGUUCCCAGAUCAUCGCCAAGGAGGGAGUCAAGUCCUUGUUCAAGGGAGCUGGUGCCAACAUCCUCCGAGGUGUUGCCGGUGCCGGUGUCUUGUCCUUGUACGACAAGCUCCAGGAGCUCAUGUUCGGCAAGGUCUACUCCGGUGGUUCCGGUUAAACGUAGCAACGUCGUCUUCUCGUCGUUGGCAAUUGUUUCUCCUUAUCAUGACCGCUUUAGAUUUCAUUCCAAACAAUCGUUUACGAGUGUAUAGUGUCGCUGCGCGUGCUGGUGUUCGAGUUCGGCUGGCUGUGCUUUUGCGCUGUGCAUGGCUUCUGUUGGCAUGCUUCAAUGUUUUCGGCAAACUCGACGGGAACGUGGACGUUUUUCGCGUCGACACGGACGAGAAUGAGCCGAUCGAAUUGUUGCAAUCGCGACGUUGGCAAGCGUCAA